AUCUUUUGGGACGGAGGGAGUAGAAAACAAAAACAAGGGUAGUUGUAAAUUGUGACGUAAAAAACAGUUAGGUUGGUUAACAAUAAAAGGACCAACAUUAGCACUGAAAUAACGUACUUGUAAUGUCACACUUGCACACGGCUGCAUUGAAAGCCACCAAACUAAACCACAUAAAACAGCUUCAUGCACAGCUCUUUCAACACUCCCUUUACUCCGACAACUACUGGGUGGCGCAGCUCAUCAAUCUCUGCACGCGCCUCCACGCGCCGCCCUCAUAUGUACGCCGAGUUUUCGACUCAGUCCACCAACCCAAUGUCUUCGUUUUCACCAACAUCCUCAAAUUCCACUCCCAUUUGGGUGAUCAAACUGAGGUUCUUUACCUGUUUGACAAAAUGCAGAAAAGAAAUAUUACACCUGAUGCGUUUGUGUACCCGAUUCUCAUCAAAGCAGCUGGAAAAUGGGGUGUUUUGUUUCAUGGUUAUUGUGUUAAAAUGGGUUAUGAUUGGGAUAGGUUUAUUCGUAAUGCGAUUAUGGAUAUGUAUGGAAAGUUUGGGCCUGUAGAGAUUGCACGAGAACUGUUUGAUGAAAUUCCUGAGAGAGCUGUUGCAGAUUGGAAUGCUAUGAUUUCAGGGUAUUGGAACUGGGGUAGUGAAGUUGAAGCGAGGGGUUUGUUUGAUUUGAUGCCUGAAAAUGAGAAGAAUGUUGUUACUUGGACUGCAAUGGUUACUGGUUAUUCAAGAAGGAAAGAUUUGGAGAAUGCUAGAAAGUAUUUUGAUCGAAUGCCGGAGAGAAGUGUUGUGUCUUGGAACGCAAUGUUGUCGGGGUAUGCUCAAAAUGGGUGUGCUGAAGAGGUGAUAAGGUUGUUUAAUGAGAUGAUGAGUUGUGGGGUUUGCCCUGAUGAAACUACAUGGGUUACUGUCAUUUCUUCGUGUUCUUCGCAUGGCGAUGCUAGCCUUGCCGAGGGGCUUGUGGAGAUGAUAAAUGAGAAGGGUGUUCGCUUGAAUUGUUUUGCAAAGACUGCGCUACUUGACAUGUAUGCUAAGUGUGGGAAUCUUGAUAUGGCUAGGAAGAUCUUUGAUGAAUUAGGUAAAUAUAAGAACUUAGUUACAUGGAAUGCAAUGAUUUCCGCAUAUGCAAGAGUUGGUGAUUUGGCUUCUGCGAGAGAGCUCUUUGAUAAGAUGCCUGAGAAGAAUGUCAUCUCUUGGAACUCAAUUAUAGCUGGUUAUGCUCAAAAUGGACAAUCAAAAGUGGCUAUUGACCUUUUCAAAGAAAUGAUAGUAAAAGAUGUGUUGCCAGAUGAAGUCACCGUGGUUAGUGUGAUCUCGGCCUGUGGCCACCUUGGGGCUUUAGAGUUUGGCAAUUGGGCAGUGAAUUUCCUGGAAAAGCAUCAAAUAAAACUGAGCAUUUCAGGUUAUAAUUCUCUGAUUUUCAUGUAUUCCAAGUGUGGUAAUAUGAAAGAUGCUGAGAAAGUUUUCCAAUCGAUGGAAGCCAGAGAUGUGAUUUCUUAUAACACAUUGAUUACAGGUUUGGCAGCUUAUGGCAAUGCCAUUGAAGCUGUUGAAUUGUUGUGGAAGAUGAAGAAAGAAAAUAUUGAACCAGAUCGAAUAACCCAUAUUGGGGUACUAACAGCAUGCAGUCAUGGUGGAUUGCUAGAAGAAGGUCAAAGGGUAUUUGAUUCAAUCAAAGAUCCAGACUCCGAUCACUAUGCGUGCAUGGUUGAUUUGUUAGGUAGAAAUGGUAAACUAGACGAAGCAAAAUGUUUGAUUGGAAGUAUGGCAAUGCAUCCACAUGCAGGAGUAUAUGGUUCCCUUUUACAUGCUAGUCGAGUUCACAAAAGGAUAGACCUUGGAGAGUUUGCUGCUAAUAAGCUCUUUGAAAUAGAACCAGAGAAUUCAGGUAAUUAUGUUUUGCUUUCAAACAUAUAUGCGUCAGCAAGAAGAUGGGAAGAUGUAGACAGGGUGAGAGGGUUGAUGACAAUUGGAGGAGUAAAUAAGACGACUGGGUGGAGUUGGAUUGAACACGAGGGUGAGAUGCACAGGUUUAUAGUGGGUGACAGGUCACAUGAGCGAUCAGCAGAUGUUUAUAGAGUGCUCGCCGAAACAGAAAAGAAGAUGAGGCUAGCUGGAUACAUGGCUGAUAAGACCUGUGUUUUAAAAGAUGUUGAAGAAGAAGAGAUGGAAGAGAUGGUAGGGACUCAUAGUGAGAAGUUGGCUGUGGCUUUUGCACUUCUUGUUACUGAACCACAUUCGGUCAUAAGGGUGGUGAAGAACCUAAGAAUAUGUAGGGAUUGCCACACAGCAAUCAAAAUCAUUUCAAAGUUGGAGGGGAGGGAGAUCAUUGUAAGGGAUAAUAAUCGGUUCCACUGCUUCAGUGAAGGGCAGUGUUCAUGUGGAGACUAUUGGUAGUCAUGCCUUACUAUACCAAACCACACUGAUAUAUGAUGUUCUGUUCUCAGAUCAGCAAUAUUGACUAGGUUUACAGAAAAAUAGUCAGGCAUGUUAGGCUAUGGCAAUUUGCUAGAUCUCUCCAGUAUGUUCGGAGACUGCUAAUGACAGCUCUAUUCGGCUGGUUAGUUUGUUCCAGCAGCAAUAUUUAUGUUGUGUGGAUAUAAAUACACUUGAAUAUUACAGUUCGCCAUUGAGAAAUGGUUCAGCGAAGGCUGUUGCUUGA